CCAAUUCGAAGUGCUGCCCCUUGCGAAGGCGAGCGAGCUAUGUUUACGGUAGCAAAGUACCUGCUCUAAUCCAUAACAAACAAAGGCCAGUCUUCAGAAAUGUAGCGAGCGGAUAAUCGUACCACGAGUACAGGAAAUUGAUACGCGCGUUUGUGUUGUUUACGUAGUGUUUCAAUAUAGCGGGUGGUUGGAUCGAAGGCUUCGCCGGACCGAAACGCUCAAACCCCCGGACAGACAUUUAUGCUUCGCUGGAUUAAGUGAGAGGGAGUGACAGACAACUAUCCGCACUCCACUCCCACAUGUGUGCUGUGUGCCCCCUGUGCUGGGCCGAGCGCCAUGCCUGACCGGGAUAGUUCCUAUCUGUCAGGCGGCGGUGGGGGAGGCGGUGGGGGAGGAGUCGGCCUUGGGGUAGGUGAAGAAGGGGCAGGUGCCGGAUUGGUUGUGGGAGCAGCGGAAGGUAGAGGGGGGACCGGGGGAGGCAGCGGGGGCUGUGGAGGCGGUAGCUCUGGCACUGGUGGUAUGGGAGGAGGCGGGGUUCUUGGGAAUGGGAGUAGCUGCGGGGGAGGGAGCAACGGGGGAUUGGGAUCCGGGCUCGGCUUGGAUGGCGUCUGCCGGGAUUUCCUACGCAACGUGUGUAAGAGGGGCAAGCGCUGUCGCUUCCGCCACCCGGACUUUAAUGAGGUGCCUGACCUUGGGGUGCAGAAGAAUGAGUUCAUCUUUUGCCACGACCACCAGAACAAGGAGUGUGUGCGAACCAACUGCCGCUUUGUGCAUGGCUCGAAGGAGGACGAGGACUAUUAUAAGAAAACGGGAGAGCUGCCGCUCAGGCUGCGCGGGAAGGUGGCCGCCGGGCUUGGCCUUUCCCCCACAGACCUCCCUCUGAGCCGAGGUGAGGUGCCUAUCUGCAGGGACUUCUUGAAGGGGGAGUGUCAGCGUGGAAAUAAGUGCAAAUUCCGGCACGUGAAGAAAGACUACGAGUACGAGCCCACCAGAACGGGUGUCGGGGGGGUGAUGGGUACGGGAGUUAGUGGUAUGGUGAGCGUGGGUGGAGGUGGCGGAGGCGGAAGUGGUCCCGGGGGUGGCAUUUCGGGAUUGGUAGGUGGAGGUGGUAACAUGAUGGGGAUGGGUUGCCCAAGUCUAGGUGGCUGCAGAGACCAGGGAAUUUCAGGAGGAGGAGGAGGUGGGGGAGGUGGAGGUGGGCUAGGGGGCUGUAUGUCAAUGGGGCCACCUGGGACACGACGCUUUGACAGAGGACCGUGUUCGGUGUACGACCCGUUGUUUGAGAACAGCCUGUUUGAAGCAGGGACAUUUGAGGCUCCUGUGGACCAUGCAGCUUUGCAGCUGAAGAGACGGAGGCUAGAAGGGUUGCGGCUGGCAGAUGGGGGUAGUGGCGGCCACUACGAGUUGGGGGUCCAGGCCACGCUCCCCCCUCGUCCGCUGGACUACAGAUUUCUAGAAGAGGAGAAUGCUCUGCUGAGGAAGAGGGUGGAGGAGCUAAAAAAGCAGGUCUCAAAUCUUAUUGCCACUAAUGAGGUCCUGUUGGAACAGAACGCUCAGUUCCGCAGCCAGGCAAAGGUGAUGACGCUGUCCUCUACACCAGCUCCCACUGAGCAAAGCCUGCCACCUCCUGUGGGUUCUGUCAGCUCCUAUAACCAUGGCAUUGCCCAAACUCACACCACAUUGAGCAGUGCCGGUCUGCAACCGCGACCCGUCAACCAGCAGGACCUGGUUGCCCCUGCAGGAGCACCUACUGCACCUCCCUCGAAUGCUGCCCCACCAACGGCACCCCCUCCCCACCUCAACCCUGAGAUUGCCCCGCUCUCUGCAGCCUUAGCCCAGACCAUCGCUCAGGGCAUGGCUCCGCCCGUGUCUAUGGCGCCAGUGGCUGUGUCAGUCGCCCCUGUGGCUGUGUCCAUGGCCCAGCCUCUACCAGGCAUCACCAUGAGUCAUGCCACCACCCCUUUGGGGUCGUAUCCAAUUGCCAGCCAGAGCAUGAGAAUCACCACUUUGCCACACUGACGGACUGGUUUCAGCACCUAAGCUUUUUGAAGCAAUUCGGAGGAACUGUUCUCUAAACAGAGCAAACUGAUUUUCUCCCUGAAGCAAACGGUUUUAGACCAACUGAUACAAGGCGAAGCCCCAUGGUCCACAUGACGUUUGGGUUCCUGCUCCCAAUACCUUGUCUGCAGUGGGGAUGGGAACAAAAGACUGCUGUUUCUCCUCCAUGCCAGGGAUUCUGUACCUGUGGCGCUAUCUUUAAGAGACACCAAAAAUAAAUUGAUGUCAAUAUUUGAAAUGCAUAUUUAUACACAACCUCCACCCGUAAACAGACAAUGAAUUGAUGCUUAACAGGCAAUUGUGAUUUUUUUCUGGAUUCAUCCUGUGAAAUUUUUUUUGCACAAAAGCAAAUAAUUACAGGACAGCGAUGGCUUGCUGUUUUUUCAUGUUUUAAAACCAAAUUUCCAUCCACUGUUCAAUUGAAAUAACUUUGUCAUGUCAUGUGGCAAUAAGCUGAUAAAAAAAACUCUAUUCUGAAUAUGAGGCCCUUUUUAUUUCUGGAAAAAAGCGUUCUUUCAUGCUUAACCAGAUUCUGUAAUUGCAAUCCAAGUCAAAGUAGCUGAUGCACAUUGUCAGUAAAUUGUCUCAGUUCAGUAGGAAUUCACUUGGAGUGUCAUAUAUAUAUGUGAGUUGAAGAUUUUUCAAAUAUGAGGUAAGUCGAAGUGCUAUUGGGAUAACUUUUUUUUAAAUACCCUGUGUAAGAACUGAAAAUGCAAAGGGUAUUAUGCUGGGACAUUUGAAGACUGGAUUUAAUGCUUCCCUCAAGUAUAUGUGUGUUCACACCUGCAUGCACCAUGUUUCACAGCAUCUCACUGUAAGACUACUGCAGUUUGGGCAUAAUAUUUUUGUAUGUUUCAGAUUCUUAUUUUACAUAUGCGUAUUAUGCGUUUACUAGACUUUUCUUAAACAGGAACCUUUUCAGUGAAUUUAAAUUUUCUUCCAAGAUAUGAAACAUCCCAACCUUCACUGCUGAAGAACCAUAUGCAUCUUAGUAAUUAAAAUCUGGUUUACAGAAGCACUCCAAAUUAGGAUGUCCAAGGAGUUAUCAAUGAGUUAUGAUUGUAUUGAUAUUUGUUGCAGGAAAAAUCUAAGUACAAAAAAACAUUUUCAGUGAUAUAGCACUGUAAGAAUUUUCCUGAUUUGGAGAUUUACAUGAAAUUACA